UUAUAAAACAGACAUUUGUGCCAUAUAAGAAUUUAAAUGUCUGUAAAUAGCAGCAGUUUACGACGUUUGCCAAUGGACUGACAUCAGCCAGCAGAAAUGCUGCUCAAAGAUUUUCCCCGUGAAGCCCUGAUGCGGCCUUUGUCCAGGAAUGAAGUGUUUGGCAUGUUAGUGAGGCUGACCAUCUUUGGUGCAGCCACAUACUACAGCAUCAAAUGGGUGGUAGAGGCAAUGGACCCCACCGCUAAACAAAAGAGUCAAGCUAAGAAAAGGGCAGAGCAGCUGAUGAAGAGGAUAGGUGUGGAGGGGGUCAAGCUGACAGAGUAUGAGAUGAACAUUGCAUCCCACCUAGUUGAUCCACAGACUAUAAAGGUGUCCUGGAGAGAUAUUGCAGGUCUGGAUGAAAUCAUCAAUGAACUGCAAGACACAGUGAUACUGCCCUUCCAGAAAAGACACCUUUUACCUGAAUCCAAACUCUUCCAGCCUCCUAAAGGUGUUUUGUUGUUUGGUCCUCCAGGAUGUGGGAAGACUAUGAUCGCCAAGGCAACAGCUAAAGCCUCGGGAUGCAAGUUCAUCAACCUCCAAGCCUCCACACUAACAGACAUGUGGUACGGUGAAUCCCAGAAACUGACUGCUGCCGUCUUCUCUUUAGCUGUCAAAAUUCAACCUUGUAUCAUCUUCAUUGAUGAGAUCGAGUCAUUUUUGAGAAAUCGAUCAAGCCUGGACCACGAAGCCACGGCCAUGAUGAAGGCCCAGUUCAUGAGUCUGUGGGAUGGACUGGACACCUCUGCAACCACCCAGGUGAUGGUGAUGGGCGCUACCAACAGGCCGCAGGACAUGGAUCCAGCAAUCCUGCGCAGGAUGCCGGCCACAUUUCAUGUUGGCCUGCCAAACACGAGGCAAAGAGAAGACAUCCUGAGGUUGAUUUUAGCAGGAGAAAAUCUGAGUAAUGCUGUUAACCUGAAGGAGAUUGCUGAGAGAACAGAGACUUACUCCGGCAGUGACCUCCGAGAGCUUUGCCGUGACGCUGCAAUGUACCGGGUCCGGGACUACGUCCGCAAGGAACAGAUGAGGCAGAUUGUGCAGCAGCUGCAGGACUGCCAGGAGGAGGAAAGGCCGGUGAACGAGGAGCGGUUGCGGCCGAUCACCCAGUUGGACCUCCUCUUCGGCCUGGACAAGAUGAAGGAAUCGAAGCAGGCCACAGCCUCCAUGUUACCCAGCGUAGCAGAGGUUCCUCUGGACUGAAGGCCGUGUGUGCUCCACAGACAGGAAACACUUUCUUCACCCUCCUGUUCACCACAUGGCUAGCAGAGACUCACAAAUUAAGAGGUGCUGUUGAGAAAAUAAAAAAAGCCAACAUACACCUAAACUGUUUUACUUCUGAGCAUGCUUAUUUACAGCACAGCUUCUUGCCAUGUGUACAGAUAGAUCAUUUUAUAAUCUGACCUCUGCCCGAGGACUGUCUGUACUGUUUGUCUGGAGGAGGACAAACCAAUGAUCAAAAACAUUCUGUUUGCUGUAAAAAUACUAACUACGGUAAGGUUUUGUCUGCAACACAACAGCUGACAAACUACAGUUAACCUUUGGGUUUUCAGACUUUCUCUAACAUAUCAAGUAAGUAACUUUUGAAUUUCAUAUUGGAAAAUGAGCUUUCACCAUUUCAUAAUUCUUUCUUUUCUUUCCCCAAACUUUAUCCAGGGUUAAUCAAUUGUUUGGUAUUUAGUUUGAUUGGUUACAUUGCUUUUUUAAAAGUAGAAUAAAGUCAAUAUUUAUCUAAUCUUUUCUUGUCAACCUGCACACAGUACUCAAAACUUUGUAUUGCUGCUCCUAAGGAACAUUAAUUCUUAAUGUUUUUUAAACUGGUAUCGAAUAAAAGAUAAUAUAUGUUGCUAUUUGACAUCAGGUAAUGAUACAUAAAUUUGUUUGUUUCAUCCAGGAGUAAAAUGAAACCUUUAAUAAUAUUAUAAGGUUGUUGUUGUAGGACGAAAACACAAUAGUCUUUGGGUGUAGGGAUUGUGUUGCAGUGCAGCCUGUGUUCUGUUCAUUUUAAGAAGAAAGAGGGUUUUUACUUGAAGACUUGAGGAGAAAUAUUGAUUUGAGUCAUGAGAAACAGUUAAAUGGAAAUUCUUUGCUUAUGUCUUAUAUAUUUGGCUCAUUAUCAAAAUGUUUCUUUUGUUUUACUUUUUAUGAGACUUAAGUUUUUCUGUGUAUCAGUUUGAAGAAAUGGCAGCUGCUGAUCUCACCUAUCACAUCAUCUAAUUUUAAUGUCUCUUUCAGGAAAGCAUUGCUUUUAAAUCCAGGUGCUUUGUAAUCAGGUGACAGUCAUACGUUGACAUUCUUCAUGUUAAUCAGUCUCUUUGUAAAAUAAGCCUCAUUGUUUUCCAUACGCUUGGCGUUUGAGCAAAGGGAUCCUAAGUGGAAGUCGUCCAGAUAUUUACCUCAGCUGAGACGUGCAUGAUUCACCCAUGUGGUGGCGCUGUAGCUUCAACGAUGAGGCAGUUGUUACAGGUUGCUUUUACUUAAAGCCUUUUUAUUGCAUUAUUGUAAAAGAUGAGAACAUCCAUACUGUUUUUUUCUUUCUUCUUCUUUUUCUUCCUUAUUGGUUUAUCUGGUGAUGUUUAAGCCUCUGUUACUCUUCAUCAGAGUACUUCAGGUGACAGGUAAAGGUCAGAACAUUUCAACAUAAACUAGUGCUGCGUUUCAGCUUAUCUUUCUUGGAAAAUGGUAACAUCUUUUUCUCUCUUUGUGCAGCUUAUUCUGCUAUGGACCAUGCCCUUUGUUUUGCAGUUAAGUGUUAUUAUAAAAAAUGUGUUUGUAUUGAAUGUGUAGAAAUAAAGAUGUACUGUAAAACUCUAUUUAUUAAACUACAUAAAAAAGUGCAUCUCUUUGCAAUUAGUUGUAUUUUUCUUUGCAAUUAGCUCUAUAUUUGAUUGUAGGAAGAAGUAGCCUGAAUAGGAACGCUACAACUUAUGGACUCAACCCUGUUCAAGAUGGCUGCCACGGCUAAAUGACCCACAAAAAUGUCUAUAACUAUCUGUUUUACAGACGUUGACCUGAAAUUUGGUGCUGUAGCAGCUGACAGUUAUCCCCAACUCAUAUUGUGUGCUCCAACAAAGAUUUUGCCCUUAUUUCCUCAUUAACUAUUUUAGUCAAUUUUUGUUUAUUAGCAAAAUAUUACAUGAACCACUGUAUGGUGAUUGUAUGAAUCACUGCAACUGAUGUAUCAUUCUGAAUGAACCCAAUUCAAGAUGGUCGCCACAGCCCUGCAGGACAAAAUCUGAUCUAAUUCAGCCAGUUUUACAGAUACUGAGCUAAAAUUUGGUGUGUUUGUUGCUGAGUCUGUCACAGCACAUUGAACCCACAUAACAGGUGUGGACCAGAUCUGGUGUCAAGCUGUUUGACUGCUGGCAUGGCAAGUGGUUUGUCAACUGGAUGUGACCACAUCUGGGCCACCAUUACACCAUCUGUACCGAGUGUUAGAGUGUUUAGUGCACUGUGUGGGUCAGAACCGGACCAGACAAAUUUUGCUAUGUGGGAAUACUCCCAACAGCUACUCCAAUGCAUAGCGACCUUUGCCUAAAACUUGAGCAACCUCUGUUUGUCAAAUGAUAAUAAAACUUUGGUGGGUGAUAUGCAUUCUUUCAGGGGCUGCUAAAUAACUAUUUUAAUCCAUCUGGUUAACCAUGUGUUCCAAUUAAAGCAGACCCAUUGUUACUGCUAUGUCUGAAAUUCUUUAACAAAUUACCAUAUUUUACUGAAAACUAACAAUGUUGUCAGAUGUAUCUGUGUGGUUUGUCUCUUUCCCAGAUUAUUAGCAGCUAACCCUUAAACAUCAAUGCCCAUGGUACAUUCCCAGUUUGUGCUUACUUCCUCCCUCUUUUUUUUAUUUUAUUGGAAUGUUUCUCUGGGUUAGGUUUGUGCAGGUCACACGUUACCAGAAAAUUUUUGUUAAUUGCACGUUUUAUGAUAUUUACAUGUUAGUUUUAUAGAAAUGAGUACUUAUCUCAUCAGUGUUCUUUAUUUUAUCUUUUAAACAUCCCAACAUUUGAAGGUUUAUAGCUGAAGGGUGGCUGGUGAUUUCCUUUUUGUUUUACAUCUAUAAACAGGUAAAUGUAUCCAAGUUUUUCUAAAACAUGGAAUGCCUUAUUUAUUUUUGCCAGAGUCCAUUGGUUUACUAUUUCAUUAUGAUUUGACACUUUUGAUAGCAUAAAAAACACCAGCUAUAAUCGUAUUAUGUGAGUGAAAUAAAAAAAACUUUUUCCAACAUUUUUUAAUCUUAGAACACUGUAAAAGAAAAGUUAAGGAAGAGAAAAAUGUUUGUUACUCAGAGGUUUUAUCUGUUUCAUUGAUAAUAAAUGUUUGUUCCACAAAACAAA